UAAGACUCUGCACUUCCAUUGCAGGGCACACGGAUUCAAUCCCUGGCUGGGGAACUAAGAUCCCACAUGCCACAAUGCGGCCAAAUAAAUAAAUAAAACAGGGUCACGUGAAAGAGAAGGGACUGUGUUACCCAGGAUGGUCAUGGGAGGGAGACUCAGGGAGCAGGUGACACUUGAGCUGAAAUGCAGCUGUGAGAGUUCUCUUUCUAGGACAGUGCUCCUAGUGUAGGGAACAGCAGGUGUGUUCAAGGAACACCAGGGAGGCCUACAAGAGGCAGGAGGGGAGACCAGAGCACAGAGCACCUCACAGGCCAGGGUGAGCCUUCAGGCUUUAUUCAGAGUGCGCACCCACAGUUUUGAGUGCUCCCUGUGCUGCGAUGUGGACCACGGGGCUGAGUCUGGGCAUAGGGGAGCAGGGAGCAGCUCUGUGUGCUUAGCUUGGUUGGCCUGGCGUUGGUGCUGCCACUGGUGGAGAGCAUGUUAGAUGUAUAUUAGAUGAGGAGGAGGGAGAGGGGGAAGGAAGCAUUCCUUCAUUCCUGGGCCCCAAGCCUGCCCUCCUCCCUGCCCUGGAAUCCCACCCCACCCACCCCGCCCCAUAUUUUCUGGCCAGGCCACCCCUCCUGAAAGCCAUGGGCCCAGCUGGAACCUACUGCCUCACCUGCCCCUGGGGGAGGAGUGUUUGCCCGUUGCCAGGCGCCCAGGUUCCGGCCCCUAGUACUGGCAGCAGCCAUGCUGCACGCACAGUCCUUCCUGCCAUGGCUGCUUCUGCUAGCGAUGCCUGUCCGCACCCACACCUGGUCACGGCCCGUGUGGUACCAGGUGGGGCUGGACUUACAGCCCUGGGGGUGCCAGCCAAACAGCCUGGAGGGUUGCAAGGGCAGCCUGGGGUGUCCUGGCCAUUGGAUGGGCCUGGGGGUGAACCGCAUCUACCCAGUGGCUGGGGUCACCGUCGCCACUACCAUGAUGCUGAUGCUCAGCCGUGCGGUGAUGCAACGGCGGCGCUCACAGGCCACUAAGAGUGAGCAUCCGCAGGUGACGGCUAGCCCCUGUGCACCCUGGAAACGACGGGCCCCGAUCUCAGACCGUGCCCUACUCCGUGGGGUCCUGCAUAUGCUGGAUGCCCUCCUGGUCCAUAUUGAGGGCCAUCUGCAGCGUCUAGCCACCCAGCAGCGAACCCAAAUAAAGGGGACUCCUGCCCAGAGCGGGUGACCCAACAUACUCCUCUCUUUGCCUGGUGGCUUGUUGGGGCGGGGAUGGCCUGAGGCUCUGGGCCAGGCUCAGGUCUGUGUGUCUUAUUAUCUCCAGGCCUGUCUGGACCCUGUGCCCCUUUUCUACUUUUAGAGCCAGCACACCCAUCGAGGCCUCGGUGCCCAUCAAUGGCUGGGCAGGUGGGGCCCAGGCUGGCUCACCCUGCUCCAUUGCCCACACCAACUGACCCCUCCUCUCUAGGGAUCCCACUCAUAAAUACAACUGCUCCUCUGGGGCUCCUCAGGGGCCCCCAGUGUGGUGGGAGAAGACUUGGCCAUCAGGGCAGAUGUGGGUGGUCCAGAGAGGGCAGCCCAGAGGUGACCACCUGGCUGAGUCAGGAGCUAGGGCUCCUGGUUGAGCCUGCGGGGCCUGAGCUGGGGCUGGGGGUAGAGGGAGGGCCCCGGCUGCCUUCAUCUUUGUGACAUCUCAAACAUGCUUUGGCACCUAAGUGGCCCUUGCUCUAAAGCCCCUGGAAGUGGGACAAGGGCUGAACCUCCCCAAAGGGGCCUUCACCUGCUUCCUCCCUUCCUUCUACCAUAGGCAUCAGGAUCUGCUGAUGAACAGAACAGGCUCCUCCCUCACCCACUCACAAAUAGGGGAGGGUAGAGGUGGUGAUGAAGCAGACUCAAAAACUCAAUUCCUCUGCAGAGAGUUGUGCUGAGCCAGUUGGAGUAGGGCAGGUGUGGGCUGACUGCUGGGACCUGAAGGGUGAGUGGGGUGAUGAGAGGAGGGGGAGAGUGCUCCAGCCAGAAGGAUAUGCACAUACAAGGGCCAGGUGGGGAAAGAGACCUUGACCUGUUCCAUGAACUAUAAGAUGGUCAGGAUUUCAGGGAAAAGAAGGAAUUCUGGAACACAGGAGAGGGCAGGCUGGGAAGAGACAGGAGUUGGUGUCUCCUAGGGAGGCUGUGGUAGGCAGGAGAACGGCCCUCAAGAUGUCCUUGGAGUCUGUGAAUAUUUUACAGUACAUGGCAAAGAGGAUUUUGCAGAUGGAAUUAAGUGAAAGACAUUAAAAUGGGAAGAUUAUUCUGGAUUAUUUUGGUGGGCCCAGUGUAAUUUCAUGAGCCCUUAAAAGUGGAAGAGGAGGGCAGGAGAGUUGGUCGGAUUCAAAGUGUGAGAGGUACUAAUAAUCCUCUGCUGCUGGCUUUGAAGGUGGUAGAAGAGAUCUUCCACCACCCAAAGAUCCAAGGAAUUCAGAUGGCCUCUAGAAGCUGGGAAUGACCCUUGGGUGAUAGCCAGCAAGAAAACAGAAACCUCAGUCCUUCAACCACUAUGAUCUAACUUCUGCCAAUAAACUGAAUGACCAAGGACACAUUCUCCCCUAGAACCUCCAGAAAGGACCACAGCCCUGCUAAUGUCUUGAUUUUAGCCCAAUGACAUCCAUGUUGGAUUUUGGGCCUACAGAACUGUGAGAUAAUAAAUUUGUUUUGUUCUAAGCCA